GCACCUCCCCACUGCAAGACAGUCAUUUCUGUCUUUUGCUGCGCUGGAUUUGCGGCGGGGCGAAUGAAUGAAGUCCAACUUCCCCCUCCCCUCUCCCCUGUCCCCUGUCUCUCCGCACCUUUCUGACCGGCUCCAAAGUCCCGGGGUGACACGGCGGGAUCUGGCCUGGGCCCAUGAGGGGCGGGGGGAACUCCGCGCAAAGGGAUGCCCCAGCGGCGUAUCAUGGACGCAUGGGCGCAGAAGGGUGUACAGUAGUGCUAGGCGCGCUCGUCGUGGGGAGCUGUCCAUCACACGCGCUGCGCAGCCGACUCGAGUCCCAGUCGAGGGAGAAAGAGAGGGGGGGCGAUGGAGAGAAGAGGGGAAAGGAGAGCUGAGCUGAGCUGUCCCCCAUCCGAUGAUUGCGAAGAUCGAAUCUUGGCGGAAGGCCCACAGGGCUUCUCCGACAACUUGAGGUCCUGCUCCUCCCUCUCGCCUGCUCCCUUCCUUCCCUCCUGUC